AGAAGUUUACCAAACAACUCAACCAACCAUAACAAUGAAGGUGAUUUUUGCACUCAUCGUCCUCAGCUUGGCUGUUUUAAGUCAUGCUUCUUACUUGCCAUCAUCAUCGGUAUGGCCUUACAGCAAUGGUGAUUGGAACUCCUGGAACGGCUGGAACAACUGGAAUGGCCUCAACUCCUGGACUGGUGCUCAUUCGGAAUUGAUUGGAGGAUACCCAUCUUCUUACUACAACAACUUGUGGGCGUCUCCUUCGGUGUAUAACGGAGGAUUGUACGGAGGUCACAAGACUGUGGUUCAGGCCAACGUUGUCAAUGGUGGUCAUCCAUGGGGACAACCCUGGGGAACUUAUGAAGCCGGUGUCUAUGGAUGGGGAGGUUAUCCCCAUCAUGGAUAUGCCAAGACCAUUGUGCCGGUGGAAAAACAGGUGGCCGCUACUCCUGGAUCGGUUCAUGUGGCACCUGUUCCAGUCGGUGGACUGAAGGUUGUGGCUGGCCAUUAA